CUUCGCCUUCCCAUAGUGCUUCGCGACAGCCGGUAUGGAGGCCGGCAGGACCGCAGUGCUGCGGGUGAAGCGGAAGCGCACCGCGGAGCCAGCCGAGGCUCUUGUGCUUGCUUGUAAGCGCCUUCGGAGCGGCGAUGUCGAUGUCCAGUCGGCUACUCAGAAGACACCGGAGGGUCUGGAGAGAGCGGCGGAGAAUAAUGUCUUCCAGUUGGUGGCCACCGUGCACUCUCAGGAGGAGCCAGUCCAGCAGCUCGUGCGGGCUGCCUUGCGCCCUUCACGGGGCAGCCAGCAGCGUAUCCGCCGCGAUCUCCGCGCCUCAGCUCGCGAUGUGCGGAAAGAAGGCCGCUACCGGGUGGUCUCCAGCCGCCGAUCCUCAGGGAACUCCGGCAGCCUGGAGUCCGAGUACGCGCCAGGAACCCCAAAAGCUGCUGGGGACGCAGACUUUCAGCUAUUGGACCUGGUACAUGAGGAGGAAGACCCAGAGGCUGACACCACGGCCUCCUUCAAAACAUCUGACCCAGAUGUGAUCCUCUGCAAUUCUGUAGAGAUGAUCCGCGAGCGGUUGACUGUAUCUGAGGAUGGACCAGGAGUCGGGCACCAAGAGGAACAAAAGCACGAUGACUAUGUAUAUGACAUUUACUACUUGGAGAUGGCCACUCCAGGGUGGAUUGAGAAUAUCCUCUCUGUGCAGCCCUACAGCCAGGAAUGGGACCUGGUAAAUGAUGAUCAACAACCAGAUGAUAUUUAUGAAGACGAAGAUGAUGAGAACAGUGAGAAUAAUUGGCGCAACGAGUACCCAGAGGAGGAGAGCAGUGAUGGUGAUGAUUCCAGAGACUCUGAUGAAUAUAACAGCCUCAGUGAGGAGGAAAGAGGCAGCAGCAGGCGACUGGUAUGGAGCAAGUACCCUCUGGAUGUACAGAAGGAGUUUGGCUAUGACAACCUCCACGACCUGGAUUCAGAUUGAUGGUCUUGUGAUAUCCAGGAGGUUCUACCACAGGCCUUUGAGGGCUCUGUGACUGGUAUCAACUGGCCUAGCAACAUGCUCUUAGGAUUCCUAGGUGAACAUGUGGAAGGAAAAAGCAGACCCAAUAGUACCACCCCAGCAGUGAAAACUUAAGGGAGUACAUCUUUUCUACUCACAGUAGGCUUCUUGACCUCUAUCAAAAGAGACCCUACCAUCUAGGGGGGAAAAAAAAAAUGGAAGUUCCUUUCACUUCCUGGCCCAGGCAUUUUUCCUAAUAUUCCAGUUCUCUCAUGCUUAAGCCAGAAGGGAAGGAGAGACACCUGUUUCAUUAGCAGUAAUAUUCUGCUUCUCCCCACCCCACCCCAGGCUGCCUACCUGCAGUAAAAGCCUGCUCUCUUCGAUAGAGGGGAUCUAGAAGGGCUACAGUGGGUCCCUUGCAGGGCACAACCCAGUUAUAACAACUAUUAGGGCAGAACGUGGAAUCUGAGCUGGGAGGUUUUAGUCAAUAGGUCUUUGUCCUCCCUGCUUCAGACUUCAAUAAUGGUUGUAAAGAUUGCUGUUGUUCUUUGGUAAUGGGGCCAAGGCACAAUGCAUAUGAAUGAUACUAUUAAAUAAAGAUUAACUUUUAAUAUGGAAGCAAGCAAUUUUUCAAAAACUUUUCCCCCUUUUUUUGCAGUUCUGGGAACUGAACCCAGGAGUACUCUACCACUAAGCAACACCUCCAGCCCUUUUUAUUUUUUUGAGACAGGGUCUCACUAGCCUCAAACUUAUCAUCCUCCUUCCUUUAGCCUAGUAAGUAGCUGGGAUUACAGAUAAGCACUAACACAUCCAACUCUUCAAAACCAUUUAAAUCUGAAUAUCUUAGGUGUUUUUCCAUUGACUUUCCCCCACAAAAAAAAUGGGGGGUUAAUGAGGUAGAAGUUACAGAAUUAACCUUAGACAUAAAGGUCUCACAACAAGGGAGGAUGAAGUAAGCAUAAUCUGAACUUGGCUUUCUAUCGAGAAGUGUUUCUUACCAAAACAGUAAUUGUCCUUCAGUAUCUGUGGGUGACUGAUUCAAAAACCUCCUGUGGAUACCAAAAUCCACAGAUGCUCAAGUCCCUUGUAUAAAAUGACAUAAUAUUUGCAUAUAACCUACACACAUCCUUCAAAUACUUUGUCAUCUCCAGAUUAUUUAUAAAAUCUAAUGCAGGCAAGCACUGUGGCACACCCCUGUAAUCCCAACAGCUCACAAGGCUCAGGCAGGAGGACCACAAGUUCAAAGCCAGCCUCAGCAACCUAGCAAGGCCCUAAGUGGCUCAGUGGUUGAGUGCCCCUGGGUUCAAACCCCAGUACCAAAACAACCAAAAAAAAGAGUGCAAUAUACAUAGCUGAUAUACUGUAUUUGGGGAAUAAUGACAAAAACUAUGUUUAGUAUAGGUAGUUUUUUUUUUUCUACCAAAAAAUAUUUUUAAGCUACAGUUGAAUCCAUGAGUGCAAAAUUUAUAACUAUAUAUGAACAGAACAAAUUUUGGUGCCCAAACUUUAAAUCUCUUGUAAGCAAUUUCUAUCCCUACUCUUCAAAAUCCCAGCUGCCUUAACUGUUUGGCAUUGAUUCUGGUCAAAUAGAGUGAUAAAUGUUCUAUAUCUAUAUUCUCUAAUAGUAGCCACUAGCCAUAUGUGGCCAUUGAGCAUUUGCAAUCUGAUUAGUGCAACUGAGAAACUGAUUUUUUUUUCUUUUUUUCUACUGAACCCAGGGCCUUACGCACAUUAGGCAAGUGCUGUGCCACUGAGCCCUUUUUAAUUUUUUUUAAAUUUCGAGAAAGGGUCUCGCUAAGAGCUGGCCUCAGAUUUGGACUCCUCUUGCCUGUUUGCUGAAUAGCUGAGAUUACCAUACCUGGCCAUGAAUUUUUUUACUUUGUUUUAACUAGCUACAUUAGCACAGGUCUAGGGAAACACACAAAACUUUCCAUUUGAGGUAGCCAUCUUACCCUGUUUCUCUAUCACAUAGGAAAGUGAAAUAUACAGGGAAGUCUUCUUCUCAUCUCUUUCAAGAUUUUAUAGGUUUCUCUACUUUUCCCUUCCUACUUCUACCCAUUCUUUUUACUUUAUGUCCAUUUUAUAAGCACUUACCUACAUUUGUUCCUAUCUACAUGGAAUUGUUAAAUCUGCUAGAAUUAUUAGGCUUUGUACUCGGGCUAUUACUGCAGCUAAUUAAACCUAAAAGCAGGCUUAAUACUAGUCAUCUUAGUCUCCUUCUGUAGACAUAGAAAUGAAGGAUUAAAAACCACUUUGCCGUUUUAAUGUA